CUUCACCCAGGGACAACAAGUGCACAGGAUAGAGCGGCAAAGAUGUCCUUCGCUAACCAGCCUACUCCAUCCCAGUUUCCGUGGCUGGCCGACCGGGGUAAGCUGUACUUCACCGCGCAAGGAAUACGGACACCUGCUUUGCAGUAUGACUUCAAGAAACUCAAAAAGCGGUACUGGUACAAGAGGAAAACGAAGAUGGUAGGCGGACCCAACGGGCCAUUAUUCAAGUAUAUGGGAGUUUUACAGAACGAAAACCUCCCAAUAGGAAUGAGAAACUUCUUCGAUAGAGAAAGGCUACCGGAUAAAGACUACACAGGACCGAAAGUAGUCUUAGCAACAGGAAAUGCAGAUUUUAGUUUGCAGGGUGACUGGAGGUACUACUGAACUGAAUCAGUUCUUUUCUUGUCCAGAUACAGACUGACGUAGUUUAGUAGAAGAAGAAUCGCCUACGUGUACUACGCAGGACAUUUUCUCCCAUCAUCUUUUUCUAUCCUUACCUACUACUUCUUCAUCCAUGUGGUCCAUCAUUCAUCCUCCGCCAAAUAAACGCAUCAAAGGUUAACAAAGCCAGUGACGCCUAUACCAGC